AUGAGGGCUGGAUCUGUUGUAGCAGUACUGAUGCAUAUUUGCUGCACCAUGGCAAAGCUUAGCCUGUCUGACUUGAAGUCUAUCCAAAGCAGAGGUGUGUACAGCGGAUUUGGUGGUGUUGUAAUUAUUAACCCGAACGGGCCCCUUAACCUUCUCAGGGGCUAUAUAUACAAGAGGCUGGGGCUUAUGAAUAAUAUGCGAUUUUUUUCUCCUGGAAUCAAAGUUAGUUAUGAACUAACAGCAAAUGAAAAAAAGGAUGUAAACGGGAACAUGUAUAUUUUCAAAAGAGAACUAGUCAAGGACAAAGCAUACCAGACAAAUAGCAGCACAAAAAAAGAAAAAUAUCUUAGUGAAUAUCACAAGAGAAUUAUUCUGAUGUUUCCAUCAACUCAUGGGACUCUGUCAAUUGAGACGGGAAGAGAAGACAGCUUCAUAAGGCUAAUUCGCCAUGAGUCUGUAAAACAGCAUGCUCCAUAUAUCCUGGCUGCCUUAUGUCUUUUGGCAGAGGGCGUAGAUGUGCAGCUGCAGCUGGAGAAAGUAGAUACACACAGAAUGCUCGUUCUAAAAAACAAGAGCGGGAGCAAGACGUAUUUCAGAAUUAACAUGACAAUUGAAAAGUACAACAUGGAGAAAGGAAUAGUUGAGUACAGCUAUCAAAGUGAGGCUGCCGAAAUAGUAAGAUUCUUUACAAAGAACGUGGACAUGGCGCGCCAGAAAGAAUACAAAGAGUUCACUCUGCCAGACAGUCUGGAGCAGCUGGAGACAGGAACAUUUCUGUAUGGAAUGCAAUUUCUAGUGCAAACAUACAUAUUUGAAGUUAUACAUGAGGUGGAAGAUGCAUUUAAUCUAAUUAGAGCUGCGGAAGCAUUGCUGUGUGACCAGAUAUCAUAUGACAAAAAAGCAGGCACUAAAGAAGAAAACAGGAUAGCAGAAGCUGUAUUUGCAAAGUGCUUUGCACCAGUGGAUAUUUCUUUUGAAGCAGGAAGACCCAUUAACACAGUGCAAAUUCUGCAAAGUACAAUUGAAAAGUAUAAAGUAUGCCCAUUUCUCGAUGCAGAGGAGCUGCCCAUUAACAUGCGCAUACAGCUGCCUGCAAUAGAUACAAAUGCAAAUAGAAAUCGGCUAUUCCAAACAUAUAGUGACUGCGCUGAGACAGGCAUGCUUGUGCUAUUAUGCUGCCUUACAUACGAUCAAAACACGCAGACGUACGAGACCAAGCACAUUAGAGACCUGCCGAGCGCAUUAGAAAACUUCUUUGCCAUAUACAGCACGCCCUUCAAUGGCUCAGAUUUAAAAGUGCAUAUGGAGUGGUCCAGCGUUGUCACUUUUCUGAAUGAAAGUGGAGUUGCAUAUAAGCAUGGAGGACAUGAAAUCAUAAGCGGAAUUCUAAACUUUUUGCUUGCAGUUUCUGCAGUUACAGGAAGGACUUAUAUUGACAGGCAUGCUAUUUCUAGGUUUUUGCAGGAAAUAGCAGAUUCGCCAGUCCUGCGAAAAAACUUCUUAAGCGACGUGAGUGAAUUUACAGAAAACAUGCUUAUGCAGCUGUCACUGAACAAAGACGUUCAGAUUUCCUGCAGAAAUCUAUCAUGCAGGGAAAGAACAGAUAAAGUGCAAGAUGUAUUCGGAGAAAUUAUUUUAAGGUACAAAGGGUGCAGUGGUGAGGACCAAUUAACAAUAUGGUUUGACAAGGGCCACACUAAUGUAAGCUAUGUCCCAGGAAGCAGACUAACUAUAGGGCCUACAGUUGAAAGAAUAGUAGCAGCCCUGGACAUAGACAGAAUAAAAAGCAAAGCAUCCACGUUCAUAGACUACCUAGUCAUACACUACAUAACCAAGACAGUUGAGGAAAUAUACAAUCAAUCAGAAGAAAGUAUUCCAGACAGUGCAAUAAAGCAGCUGAUUAAUAAUGAAAGAGAAGGGAUCACCCGGAUAUUCAUGCACAGAAAGAUCCAGGACACAAAAUAUAAGAGCAAACUGGUUGCAUGCACUGCAAUAAAUGGAGUUGAACUUCCGUUAACUUCUGAGGAUAUAUCACCCCGCUUUAUCACAAACAUCCUUGGAAGUGUUUUGCUUGGGGACAAGAAGAUCCAAAGCAUUAUGCUCCCAAGCCUGAUAUACAUAGGAGCCCAAAGGGACCUAUACCCAUACAUACAGCUAAAAAUUGAGGACUACGAGUCAAUUGCAGAUUCCACCACAGAACACAUAAAUAUUCUGACACAUGUCCUUGACACAGGCUCAGAUACAGUACUAAUGAGGUGUCUGAAGAUCCUUAUAACAAUCCCAAAUUCAUACUCAUUUGCGUACGCCUCAAAUGAGAUGCGGGGAGUGCUAAAAAGAAUAUUCACGCAACUUUUUGCAAACAAUUCAACACAGAAUGCAGCUGUGAUUAAAAGAUAUUUAGAGAGUUCUUGGGGUCUUGAUAAAAUCAUGACCAAAAAGAUCCUGUAUGCACUUUAUGUCUAUGUGUGCGAAGAGAAAGGUGAGAUACCAGGCCUAAUUUCAGCCGUGUACGAUUUGCUUCCAAAUUGGGGGUCUUCCAUUUUUUUGAAAUGCAGCAUGUCAAAGGACAAGUACACAACAGUUCUUAAUAUUCUUAAAAAGAAGAAAGAAGUGAUGCCAGCAGCAGAGCAGGACACUGGGAAGAUUGGUAAUUUACUGACAAUAUUCAUGCAAGCAAGAACAUGGCCCCCAGAAAAAGACAAAAAUCUAUCUUUCAUGCGCUAUUAA